GAUUCAGGAGAAAGCAACAGAGGAGGAGAGAAUGAAGAGAGAGAUUGAAGAGAAGGUAAGAGAGGAGGAGAGAAAUACAAACAAUAACAGGUCAAUAGACACAACACACUAUAGAAAGAAGAGAGAGAUUGAAAAGAAGAUGAGAGAGGAAGAAAAGAAGAGAGAGAUGGAAGAGAAGGCGAGAAAGGAGGAAAAGGAGAGAGAGAGGGCACAGAUGCGAAAGGUGGUGGAUGUGAGGCUGUGGGGGGCUGAGACCAUCACCUCGAUGUCCAGUGCUGAGGAGUACGUCGACAGCGAAAGUGAGAUGGACUCUGAUGAUCUCUGGAUGGAUGAGAAGGAGGCUAAACUGUCAGCCAAGAAGAAAGAGGAGGAGAGGAGGAGAGAGAUGGAGAUGGAAAAGCUGAAAGAGGAGAAAAAGAAGAGAGAGAUGGAAGAGAAGGCGAGACAGGUGGAAAAGGAGCGAGAGAGGGCACAGAUGCGAAAGGUGGCAGAGGAGAUGACGCGGAGGUGGAACGCCCUCCCUCCUGACUCUGAAGACGGUGACACCAACUCCGAGGAGGAGAAGGAGAAGAAGCAGGAGGAGCCGCCAAUCAUCGAGGAGGAGAAGGAGAAGAAGAAAAGCAAACCUGCCAAACUCAUCAAGUGGAUUAAGAAGAGCCUGGGCUUGGGGAAGAACAAGGGGAAAGAGUGACCUGUCCAUCCCAGGAGACAAUGGAAUGGCUUAGCCACUGGCCCAACCAUGUGAGACCAUCACAUAUUUCCUGUCUUUAAACACACACACACACACACACACACACACACACACACACACACAGAUUUAAACACAAUUUAUUCUUACCAAUAAACUUAUUUCAAAUA